AUGGCUGGCUUUGAUUCGUCCGACUCCGAUUCGGGAGCUCACCACAGUCACCACCGCCGUCACCCGUCGAUUCCUGGCGAGAUCCCAAUUCCCCACGGACCUCCUGGCGACCACGACAGUGACGACUUCACCCUUGACCACGCCACUCCCGACGAGCAGCGCAUUUUCAGCCAUGUCACUCGUCCCGACGACUCGUAUACGCCUGACGGCGUCUACUGGGCCGAUUUGCCCUGGAUGCAGCGUGUCAAGUUUGUCAGUCAGGUUGACCGCGAGGCUGCUGCCAAGGAGCUGAGCACCAUUGGCUCAAUGAUGAAGAAAGAUCCCCUUUCUCCCCUUGCCUGGUACUUCCGACAUGCCGUGAUUCCCGGUGCCGGCCUUGGCCUUGAGGGCUACGUUCUUUUCUCCAUUGGUAAUUUGGAGCCGCUCUUCGCAAAGGUCUGGCCCGAGUGCUGGGGAAAGCACCAAGUUUGCAGCAAGAACUGGCUCGCCAGUGUCACAUACCUCGAGAUCAUUGGUAUCAUGGUUGGCCAGGUCUUUGUUGGUGUUAUUGGCGACUGGGUUGGUCGUCGCUGGGGCUUGAUCCAAGAUGCCAUCAUCAUGUUUGUCGGUCUUCUCAUGCUCACUGCUUCUUGGGGCCUCACCCUCCAAGGCUGGGUCAUCUGCUAUGCCUGGUCCUUGUUCUUCUACUCUUUGGGUGUUGGCGGCGAGUAUCCCAUCACCGCCACUUCUUCCCUCGAGAGUGCUGUUACUUCUGGCAAGAUGUCUACCAAGGAGGAUCGUCUUCACCGUGGCCGCCGUGUCACCAUGGCUUUUCUGAUGCAGGGUUGGGGCCAGUUUGUCAACCAGGUUCUCCUCAUUGUCCUGCUUGUCAUCUUCAACAAGGGAUCCGGUGCUCCGCCUUACACCACCUCAGCUGCUCAGUAUGCUUUUCGUCUGUCUUUCGCUUUCCCUGCCAUUGGCACUCUCUGGCUUGUCUACUACAGAACCUGGAGGAUGCCCAAUGCUUCCAAGCAACUCGCCCAGGCCAAGCACCGCACCAAUGUUACUGGCUACGACGUCACUGCCCUGCGCUACUGCUUCUCCCACUUUGGCGGCCGUUUGCUGGCCACUGCCGGCACCUGGUUCUGCAACGACGUCUUUUUCUACGGCAACAAACUCUUCCAAGGCCAGUUCAUCAAGGUCAUUUCGGACAACCCAAGCUCUCUCAUGACCAACUGGACCUGGAACCUGGUCAACAUCACCGUCUCGCUGGCCGGUUACUAUCUCGCAUCUCUUCUGAUAGACAACAAGCUCUAUGGCCGCAAGAUGAUGCAGCAGGUUGGCUUCUUCAUGUGCUUCCUCAUGUUCGUCAUCCCCGCCUUCCGCUACAAGUACUACACUAGUCCCGAGGGCAUUCACUCCUUCCAGGCCAUGUACUUUAUAUCUUCGUUUUUCAACCAGUUUGGCCCCAACUCGGUCACCUUUCUCAUUGCUGGAGAGGUUUUUCCUACUCCAAUCCGUGCCACCGCUCACGGAUUCUCUGCCUGCAUGGGCAAGGCUGGUGCUCUGCUUGCUUCUGUCCUCUACAACUACAUCGACGAUCAGACCAAGUUCUACGUUGUUCCCUGGUUCGGUCUCGCCGGCAUGUUCCUGACCUUCCUCUACCUCCCGGACACGACUGGUCUCGACCUCAAGGAACAGGAGCGUCGGUGGAGAUAUAUUCGUGACGGCAGGGCCAAGGAGUACCACGGCAUCGCUGUCCACCCGAAACAUCUGAGCUUGUGGGAGCGCAUCUGUGGUCUUCACAAGACCUAUGAUCCGGAGGCUGACUGGAAGGCCAAGAUUGCUGACAUGCGAGCUGAGUGGGAGGCUGUCCAAGCUACUCGUGGCCCCAAGGAAACUGAGGGUGGUAAAGACCAUGGCAUGCCCGACGAUGGCGAAUUUUCUGCCGAGAUUCACGAAUAUUUCAAGCGCUCCAGCCCGGGAAGCAUGAACAACCCCCGCGGGGUCGUUCGCGAAAAGAUUUAG